AUGGCUGAAACUAAAUUUAAAUCACGUAUUGAGAACUUACGCUGUGACAGAGGUGACGAAUACGUUUCUGAAGAGUUUAGACGUUUUUGUCAAGCCAGAGGGAUUUCUAUAAGUUAUUCAAUGCCUAGAAAUCCAUCACAGAACGGCAAAUCUGAGCGAAUGAAUCGUACGCUUAUGGAGAAAGUGAGAUGUCUAUUACUUGAUAGUAAUUUGGAAAAGGACAUGUGGGGUAAAGCACUAAUGACUGCAACUUAUCUAGCCAAUAGAUUAACCACGUCAACUUUACCAAAGGGAAUAACACCUGCUGAACGUUGA